UGGAUAAGCAGAUCACUGUUGUGUCUGAGCCGAACUGUCGGACUGUAUCUCAAAGGGGAGGUCUCUGUCAGACGUGCUAGCUCCGGUGGCGAUGGGCUCCCCCCUCCUCCCACUGCUCCUCUUACUCCUCCUCGGGACCCCUCCGAGCGGGGCGAUCUGCAACGUGGCCACUGCCAACGAGUGCCGGCAGAAGAAGCCGGUGCCAGGAAUGGAGCUGCUGGGCGAGGGCUUCGACGUGGUUGGGCUGCGGAGCACGGGGGCCUGGGCGGUGGACACGAGGAGCUGGCAAAGCCGAGGCUCCUGCACCGUCUGCCGCAACUCGCUGAUGAACGGCCAGGUCCAGCGGCUGCCCCGGGCCGUCGCCCACUGGCUUACCGACACGAACUGCAACUACCACCUCCGCUCCACCCUCUAUGACUCGGCCGAGGAUCUGUCGGCGUCGCAGUCGGCCGGGGUAGACUCCUCCUGGAGCGCAGGGCUGGACGUGAAGCCGCGGCCGGGUUCGGGAGUGCGGGUGACGGUGGCGGGGGAGCAGUCCGAGACGUCGUCCUUCGGCCGGAAACGGGAGGCCACCGACCGCUACAGUUUCUCCAGCCAAGAGAUGGAGUGCAAAUUGUACCGGGCCGUGCUGGGAGAGCGGCCCCCCUUGCAUCCGCACUUCGUUCAACUGCUCCGCCGGCUGCCCCGGCGCUGGGACGGGCGGUGGGACAACGGGCACGGGGAGGGGAGCGGUCCCGGUUUCUUCUACCGCCGCUUCCUUCGCACCUUCGGCACGCACUACGUCCGCGCCGUCCGCCUCGGCGGCCUCUUCCGAGACAUCACGGCCCUCCGCACCUGCCAGGUGGCGGCCGAGGGACAGACCACCGAGGAGGUGAAGGACUGUCUGAGUAUUGAGGCAGAGGCCCAGAUCGGCAGCAAGUUCGAUUCCAGCGCCAAGUACCGGCAUUGCAAGGAGGCACAGAACAGGGCUGAGGGGCGCGCUUCCUUCCACCAGACGUACAAGGAUCGCCUGACCGUGGUACAAGGGGGCCUCCUGCCACAGGGGGCCGACCUCUUCUUCGGGGGAGAUGGAGAUGAAGAAGGGAGCUCCGACCGCUUCAAAGCCUGGUUUGACUCACUGGCCUCCCACCCCGGCGUCACCCACCGCACCCUGGAGCCACUGCACCUUCUGCUGCCUCAGCGGGACCCCCGCCGGGCACUCCUCCGCCGUGCCAUCAGCCACUAUAUUGUGGAACGGGCAUCGGAGGGGCAUGCUGCCAACUGCUCAUCCAAGGGCUGCCCCAGGGGUGGCACCCGGCCCAGCUCCGUCCCAGGUUCCUGUUCCUGCCGCUGUUCUGCUGACCCCUGGGUGAACGGUCAGUGCUGCCCCAAGAAGAAGGGCUGGGGACGGCUGGAGGUGAAGGUGGUGCGCUGCCGGGACCUCUGGGGCGACUACGUGUCCGGGACGGACGCCUACGUGAAGGUUAGCUGCGGCCCGGGGCUAAAAGCCAGCACGGCUGUCAUCGCCAAUAACAACCACCCAGUCUGGGACGUUUGGCUGAACCUGGAAGAAGUGCAGCUGGGGCCAGACGUCCGCGUGCGGCUGGAGGUCUGGGACCAGGACGGGGGACUGGACCACGACGACCUUCUGGGAGCCUGCACGGUCCCGCUGGUGGCCGGGCCCAGCCGCGUCGACAUCUGCUACCUGAACCACGGCAGCCUGAACUUCGAGCUGCGACUCACUUGCGGGCCUCACCUGGGCGGGGAUGACUGCCGGGAGUACCAGCCGCAGCCGGGGAGCUGAGGAGCUGACAGCGGGGGCAAGUGUGGUGGAUGGACCGGCCUGGGCCAGGGGCUGAGGAGAAAGCUACUCCAACCCUCAUGGACAUAGUUCGCUCUCCCGGUCAACCUGUGACCUCUGACCCUGGCCACAGCAAUCACUCGCCUCCCCUUUCCCUGUAUCACCCUCCUUACACACUCCCUCAUUGCCUACUCUCCUUCCCAGUCCCCCUGCCUCCUACAUUGCGGCUUUAUUCUCCUUGCCCUUCCUCCUCACCAUCCCUCCUACAACCUCCCCCUAUUCACCUGUAUCCUUCCCUCCUCAUUUUUCCGUCCCCCAUCCUCCCAUCUCACUGACCCUCCCACAGUGCUCACUCCCCUGUCUUAAACUCUUUCCUCCCCUCCACUCCUGUCUCACCUCCUCCCCCUCUGUCAUUCCCUCCUCCACUUCCUCUCCAACGGCAUUCCCUCGUCACUCACUCCCUCAUUUAUUGUCCCUCCCUUCUCACCACCCCUCGCAUGGAAAUCCCUCCCCUCACUCCUCUAUCGCUGCCCUCCCCACAGCACUCCCUUAGCCCCCCCGUCCCUUCUUUCCCACCCUCUUAUCACUCUCCCCAUCCUCUUUCCCCGUGCCUCCCUCCUCGCUGCCUCUCUCCCAUCACUUUCUCCCUUCUUGCUGCCCCCCUCUUGUGACACUCCCUCCCCCUCACUUGCUCUCUAAAAUUGUUCCCUGCUCACUCCCCUUCCCUCCUUGCUGCCCCUCCCAAUCUGCUUUCCUCCUGCUUGGGUGAAGAUCUGGUUAAUUUAUAAGCUGUUGCUGCGCUGUACAAAUUGCCUGGACGUUGCAAUGUUUUCCAACCAAUGGACUUUGACUGAGUAAAAUGAUUGUCACGCUGAGAAUCUGCCUGAGUUUUACUGGGUGUGCAAAGUCUGUGUCCUGGAGGCUUACUCCAGGGAUCUUUCUCAUGUUGCAGGAAUCUGUCCCAGGGAUUUAUUGGUUUCAAAAUUGUUUAUUAUUGUCACGUGCACCCAGAUACAGUGAAAAGCUUGUCUUACCUACCAUUCAUACAGGUCAAAUCAUUAC